AUGCGGACCUUUGUCGACAAGUUCAGCCACGAAGGUGAAGACAAGCUCUCAGUGUGCAGCAAAUUGUGCUAUGGCGUUGGAGGGGCGCCAAACCAGGUUGCCGGCAGUGCCACCUCAUUCUUUCUGCAGAUCUAUCUCUUAGAUAUAGCUCAGAUUCCCUCAUUUCAUGUGUCUUGGGUGCUUUUCAUUGGGAAAGUAUUGGGAGCUGCUGCUGAUCCUCUUGCAUGCUUUCUUAUUAAUAAAAGCCAGCGGACUAAAAUUGGCCAACUCAUGCCUUGGUUGCUGGGUUGUAUACCUUUCCUCAUUGUGUCCUAUUUCUUCCUGUGGUGUUUACCUCCCUUCAGAUCUGGAAGAGUUGCCUGGUAUCUCAUCUUCUAUUGCCUUUUCCAGGCACUCUAUACAUUCUUCCAGGUACCAUAUUCUGCUCUCACCAUGUUUCUCACCACUGAUCAGAGGCAUCGCGAUUCAGCAACAGCUUACAUAUGGAGCUACAUCUCUGUACCUCUUGUCUUCAGAGAACUGGAAAUGCGAGGAGAGGGAAAGGUGGCUAACAUAGGAAGGAACAAGGAAGGAAGGGAAUCUCUUGAAGACUUUGAGAGGUGGAAAAAUCCUCUAAGCUUAGUAGCAGGAAUGGCAUUUGAAAUUCUUGGAACGCUGGUUGGAGCCACUCUGCAAGGGCAAAUUGUUGCUGGGGCUCACACCUCUGAUCACUGUAGCUACAACCACACCACAGAUCUGCAAGAAAGCAAUUCCACCAUCCUAGACCCAACUCAUGGGGAAAAAGUCUACAUGAUUGCAGCAGGAGCGAUCGGGGGCAUAUACCUUGUUGGCUUUGUGGCUCUUUUCUUUGGCGUGAAAGAAAAAGUUGAUGCUUAUGCCUUAAACACAGACAGAAGGGUUCCCUUCUUUAAGGGACACUUGCUUGCAGUGAAGCAUCAGCCCUACAUGAAACUGACAGCCUCCUUUCUCUUGAUCUCAACAGCAGUCCAGGUUGAACAAGGCAACUUUGUCCUCUUUUGUACUCAUGCUGCUGGUUUUCACAGCCACUUUCAAAAUUUAGUGCUGACCAUUUUGGUGUCAGCAGUAGCGAGCAUUCCAUUCUGGCAGUGGUUUCUUCAGCACUUUGGCAAAAAGACGGCAGCAAGUGGAAUAUCAUGGAUGAUUCCAUUCACAAUUAUGCUGGUGACAAUUCCAAACCUGACUCUUGCCUACAUGGUGGCCUUCGUAUCUGGGCUGAGUAUUGCAGCCUCUAUGCUGUUGCCAUGGUCUAUGUUGCCUGAUGUCGUUGACCACUUUAGAGUGCAGAAUCCUCACUCAACAGGACAUGAAACCAUCUUCUAUUCAUCUUACGUUUUUUUCACCAAGAUAGCAGCUGGGAUUGGACUAGGAAUUUCUUCCUCCAGUCUGGAUUUUGCAGGUUAUAAGCCAGGUUCGUGCAGCCAGUCCAGCAGUGUUGUCGCCAUGCUGAAAAUCUUGGUUGGUGCCGUCCCAUCUGUCCUCAUUCCCCUAGGCUUACUCAUACUCCUUUUUUAUCCCAUCAAUGAGAAGAGUCGGAAGGAAACAAAAUAUGCCCUUGAAAUUCUAAGGAAGAAUCCAAGCCUUGAAAAUCUCUCUGAGAAGGAACAAGAGACUUCAUUUUGAAAGAUGGGACAGAAAGCUCUAACUGAAACAUGGCCAGGUGGCAGCACUUAAUGGGACUGAAAUAUAUCUGUGAACUCAUCCAGGUGAGGCUAUCUGGAAGUUGAGUCAUGGCAACUGGACUUCUUUAUUAUG